AUGCUGGCAAGCUUGACAACCAAGAUCGCCCUGAAGAAGGUGGGCCUGAACAGCAAGUCCUUCGACUUCAGCGGUGGGUCGACCGAUUCGAAGAGCAAGAGCAGCGGCAGCAAUGCCGGGCUUGACGAAACCGAGAACACCAAUGGAGGGUGGCCGGCGUGGAUGUCGAUGAAGUCACUACCCAUCACCGUCGCCCCGUGGUUCUCCCCGCCCCCGCCGCCGGUACCCGUCGCCGAACCGCCAAAGAUCGGCGAUCUGGCUCCGUUAGACCGGGACAGAAAACUCGAGUUCGGCCGGGGGAAGCCCGUCCUCGUCGUCUUUCUGCGAUGUGUCGGUUGUGCAUUUGCGCAAAAGACCUUCCUCGCAUUGCGUGCGCUGGCGAAUAAGCACGCCAACAACUUGACCUGCAUAGCUGUGUCCCACUCAUCCCCCGCCGCGACGCAGAAGUGGAUCGACCUUCUCGGCGGCGCCUGGAACGUCCAGGUCGUCAUCGACGAGGACCGCGCAAUCUAUGCCGCCUGGGGCCUGGGGCUGGGGUCGGUUUGGUAUGUCUUCAACCCGACGAGCCAGGUGCAGGGGUGGAAGGAGAAGGGCUGGUUGGGAGAGAAGGUUGCCGGAGCGAUACAGCGGACGGGAACGGGCGGUCCGUCCGCGUCUGGUGCAACCCCGGGGCAACUCCAGAGGAAAGGGACCGCGGCCGUGGGGGAGCAGCCCGCGCCUGAGGAGGUGGAGGGUCCCAGCAACGUCAUGGGCAACAAGUGGCAGACUGCCGGGGCGUUCGCGGUCGACGGGCGCGGCACUGUCAUCUGGGGAGGCAAGGCUCUGAGAGCAGACGACCCUAUGGAUUUGGACGCCGGCUGCGCCGCCCUGGGAUUGUGA